AUGAAUGGCUACUAUGAUAGCGAUGAGGAGGAUAAUAAUCCAUUCUCGGGCACUAAUCAUCUAUAUGCCUCAGGUAUCGCAGCUGUGCCAGAGGGACAAGACGACUUUGUUCCCCCUACUAUUCUUGCAAACAUACAGGAGAAAGAGGAAACAAGGGAUGAACUAAUGCACCAGUUGUUUGGAAGUGACAUGGCACCGCACAAGGAGCUCAAGGUGGAUGAAACUGAAACGGUUGCACAGGAAUGGGAGGCCGAAUCUGCAGAGGUUGAGCCAUCAGCACCUCCUCUUCUGAGAAAAAGUCGAUCUACAGAAGAAGACCGAGUUCCGUCAUUUUGCAUGCCGGUCGAUAAUCAAGAGAUCAAAAUAGUCGACGCAGGGCAUUUCAGAGAUGCUAACGGCAAGUAUGCUAUCGGCUACACUAUCGAGUUUGAAGGGAAACAGGUCGUGAGGCGGUACUCCGACUUUGACACUCUCAGGCAUGCAUUGUACCGUCUUUUGCCCACCAUCAUCGUGCCCCCAAUACCAUCAAAGCAUCCACUGAUUCGGUAUUUUCUGAACCCAUUGAGUGCGGAGAAGGACAUUAGAAUCAUAGAUCGCAGAAAACGGUUACUGUCUUUGUUUCUCAAUAACUGUUACGGUGUUGUGGAAAUCCGCCAACAUAUCGUUUUUAGAAAGUUUCUAGACUCCGAGCAAGUUUGGAGACAUGUCUUGAAUUCUCCUCCCAUCUCUAUCAUCCCUGCCAAUAGUCUUUUAGCUCCGCCUUUGCAACAGACCAAGCCUAGUCCCCUACAUCUCUUGCUCCCUAGUACAGCUGGCAACCAUACUGUUUUGGAACCGAUUAACAAGGAUGACGCAAUUUGGGGUCAAGAGGACGCCUUCAAGCAGUAUGAAUUGGUUUUCAAAAAGUUUGAGAAAGUUCUUAGCCCGUUAGAAAAGCAAUCGAAACAGAGUAGACUACAUUUCCAGGCGUUGGCGUCUUCGCUGGCCGAACUAGGCGCUUACUAUAAUGCUUUCAGCUUGGAGGGCAACAUCUUAACCCUUCAAGAUAACAUGCGGCAGAUCGACGAGCUCUCAAAAGGAAUUGAGAAGGUGGGGCAAGCCAUCGAUGUCAACUAUGUGAACUCCGAGAUUGUAUCAGAACAGAUCACAAUUCUUAUCGAAGAGCCAAUGGCCGAAAUGGUUCAGACAAUUGUCGAAGCUAGACAUGUUUUGCAUUUCAGAGAGCAAAAGAUGGGACAGUACAGAAUAGUUGAAUCUACGAUUAAGAGACGCGAAAAGAGGAUCAAAAGUCUUGAAGAUGCUCAAGAACAAAUGUUAAGACUCGAGGAAGCCCUAAGAAAAAAUGCUGAGCAAUCGCCCACUGUAGCACAGGCCAUCAAGAAUAUGGAUGGCUGGAAUAAAGGCUCAAAUGAAAUGGCUUCAAAUAAGUCUCACCCCAAACUGCUAGAAGUCUCAAACAAACACGCCCAUGCUGGAAACGCGGGUUGGACGGAUCUUUUCAAAUCCAGACGUUCGAGGACAUCAGGCUCGCGGAGGCACGGGUCGUCGUCUGACGCGCGAGAACUGGAACCUCAUCUGCUUACGGAUGAGGAGCGGAAAGAGGAGGCGGCCAAGGUGACACAGGAGCUACAAAAGUUGAACGAGUGUUUUAAGCUCAUUACCAAAGACGUGAAACAAGUGAACUCAUCUGCCGAUGAGAGCCUACAACAUAUGCUUCGCUACCUAAAAGAGAGAUGUUCCGUGAUUUUAAAAGCAUUCGCACAUGUCCUUCUCGUAUGGCUCAGAGAGUCAUUGGUUGCAUGGCAAAAUACCAAACCGGUCAUCGAAAACAUCAACGUGCGCCCUUGA